CAAAAAGCAGCAGAACUGAAUUUGAAGGAGUUACCUCAAUGUCAAACAAUGCUUCGUAUUUGCAUUUGGCAUCGCAACAAGUCCCCGAUACUAGUUUCAGAAAGCCUUUGCUCCUUCCCAUGGUCUUGAUAUGAUAGGAUUUUUUUUCCAAAAUCCAAAAUGCCCUUACCCCAAAGCCAAAGCCAAAGCCAAAGCCAAAGCCAAAGCCAAAGCCAAGGUCUCUCUCUUUCCCAUGUCAUGUCAUGCAAGUAACACUUCAACUUCCCUUACAUCCCCCUUCACCCCCACGGUAUUUGUUUCCUUCGCCAACUCUCUCUCUCUCUCUCUCUCUCUCUCUCUCUACUUAUUCUCCACCAGUAAUCCCCAUAAAGGGGCGUGUUAUUCCUGCCUUCUCUUUUGUUUACACCUCUUAUAAAAUCUCCUCAGUCAACACCCUUCACUUUUCUACGUUAUUCGUAUGAUCCUUUUAUCUUGUCGAUUCGAUUUUUCUCUUCUUUUAAGUUUCUGUGUUCUUUAAGAGACUCUGUGUGUCAGAAUCUUUGUUAGAGCGAGAAAAUGGAAAAUGGGAUUGACAAAGUAAGUGGGUCGAUGUUGUUUAGUGAAGAGGAGUUGAUAGAGGUAAGUGGAUUGAAGAAAGGAGGGGAUUUUGUAGAAGUGACAUGCGGGUGUACUAGCCAUAGGUAUGGUGACGCUGUUGGCAAGCUUAGGGUUUUCUCUAAUGGCAACCUUGAAAUCACAUGUGAAUGCACCCCUGGUUGCAAUGAAGACAAGUUGACUCCUGCUGCAUUUGAGAAGCAUUCUGGAAGAGAGACAGCUAGGAAAUGGAAAAAUAAUGUUUGGCUGAUAGUUAAAGGGGAGAAGGUUCCACUAUCAAAGACUGCAUUUCUAAAAUACUACAAUCAAGCAUCGAAAAAUGGCAAUGGUAUUCACAAAGCGCAUAGUGGAAGAGUUUGUCAUCGUGAUGAGUUUGUUCGCUGUAGCAGGUGUAAGAAGGAGAGAAGAUUUCGAUUGCGGACAAAAGAGGAAUGUAGGAUUCACCAUGAUGCUUUAGCAGAUGUGAACUGGAAAUGUUCUGAUAUUCUAUAUGACAGAAUAACAUGUGACGAUGAUGAAGAGAGAGCAAGUCGCAGAGUAUACAGGGGUUGCUCCCGUUCUCCAGCGUGCAAGGGUUGCACUUCCUGUGUGUGUUUUGGGUGUGAAAUCUGUCGGUUCACUGAUUGCAGUUGCCAAACUUGCAUUGACUUCAUUAGGAAUGCCGAAGCUUGAGUUAUUUUAAGGGUGGGGAUUCCUUUUUGUAGCUCUGGUUCCUUGAAGACAUUGUCUUUCAUUACCAUUAAUUGCCAGUCCCUGAGUUCAGCACUCAUGGUGUCGUUAUCUGGUUUAAAAACUUCAAAUUAAUUUAUAUUUAGAUCUCAGCAUUGUUGUUUGGUCCA